GGCCACUGCAGAGGCAGUACGCAAUUGGACCCUGAACCUGAGAGAUCCUGCUGACCGUCUGACCAAUAAGGCUGCUCUUCUGGGAAGAGAAGCUUCUUCUUUGGCUCAUUCUUACUUAAUAAACACAACAAUCCUGGAACCACAAAACCUAGAGAGAGUUUGGACUAAUAACCCAUUUUAAGGAUGCAGGACGGGAGUUGGAACCAGCCACUCCCCAGCUCUCUGCUGCUAAAAGACUCAGCAGCAGGCAGGGCUUUGGAGGGUGAUGGAGGUGUGUUUUCUGAGGCCUCCUCCGAUGGGGAGCUCUACCUGGGUUCUGGAGACGGGGACUUUGCAGAUCUUACUGCCUUCUUAAGUGCAGAAGAGAUUCAUCAUAGUCUGGACCUGGCCCGGGAGGCCUUCGGUGACCCAUAUGCAUGUGAAGAUCCAGGCGCCUCUUAUCCCAAACCCCAGGAGCAGGCUCUCCAACCGAUGCCCCCCCUCCCUGUGAACACCCAGACUGCUGAAAACCUCCCCACGAGCUCAAACGUACAAUACCAGACCAAAGCCCCCGACCCGGAUGAUAACGGAACAGCUAAAGUCUCCUCUGGCCAGAACACUUUCCUCAGCAAACCUGUACAGGUGUCCAGUGAGGCUCUGUCCUCUGCUGAGAAGGUUGUCCGCCACAAACCCAUCCAAAUACUUUAUAAGCAGGAUAAACCCAGGCUUGUUCAUGCAGACCUGGAGCUGAACGAUCGGGUUUCUUCAGCCACAGAGUUCUGUAGCCGAGCCGCCACGUUCAUUGAGGAGCUGUCGUCCAUUUUUAAAGGUUCUGCUCACCUGGAGCAGCAGAUGGAGGAUGAUUCCUCCUCUCCCGACAGUGGCUAUCUGUCUCCCAGGAGCCAGCGGACAGUCCCUCAGGGCUCCGUCUCUGCUCCCCCUCAACCUCCUGUCCAGCAAGAGCAGACACAGUACAGCCAGACAGACACGGGCCCUCAGCCUGGAGGCCCGGUGGAAGUCAUAGCUGCAGCUAGGUAUCAGCACUCCGGAGCUCCAACCACAGCCGAACCCCUGUCCCCCCCUCAAUUCCUCCAGAAGCUGAAGAGUCAGGAGGUGGCAGAAGGAAGCCCCAUCCGUCUGGAAUGUAGAGUGACAGGAAACCCCCUCCCACUCGUCAGGUGGUUCUGUGAAGGCCGAGAGCUGCACAACUCUCCUGACAUACAGAUCUGGAGGGAUGGUGACCUGCACACGCUGGUGAUCACUGAAGCCUUCGAGGACGAUACGGGACGUUACACCUGCGUGGCGUCCAACAGUCUCGGAGCAGACAAUACAUCUGCAGAGGUUUACAUUGAAGGAGCUUCAUCAUCAGACUCAGAAGGAGAAGGAGCAGCUUCAAAAUCCAGAUCAGGAACCAUGUCUCAGGUGCAGAAAAAGACUACGUCAAUGUCCCUGACCAUACGCUCAUCAUCACCCAAAACCACUGACAUCCAUCCUCGCCGCUCCACUCUGGUCCAGUCCCUGUCUCAGCCCCUGCAGCGGAUGCAGAGCCCUGUGUCAUCACUGUAUGUCAGUGAGGGGUCAGGCCCUCCUGUAUUCACCAAGCUCUUGCAGGAUGCCCAGGCGUCUGAGGGCCAGGUGGUUGUUCUGGAGUGCAGGGUCCGUGGAGGCCCCCCUCUUCGGGUCCAGUGGUACCGCCAGGGAGAGGAGAUCCUAGACUCCCCCGAUUUCCGUAUUCUUCAGAAAAAGCCUCGAUCUGCAGCUGAGCCAGAGGAAAUCUGCACCCUGGUUAUAGCCGAGGCUUUUCCAGAGGAUGGAGGUCUGUUCUGCUGCACUGCAUCCAACCCAUAUGGAUCUAUAAACAGCACAGCCCAACUCACUGUCACUGCAGUAGCUGAGGACUCAUCCAGUAAUGGCAUGUCUGGUGAUAGCUCAGGGUUUGAGGAUACUGCAGCCUUCCCCCCGCCUCCCCCACCUACAGAGAUCAGCCUCCUGGAGCUGCCACCCAAGACGCUGACUCAUCCCAGGUCCGAGGCUUUCCAUGUCAAGGAGCUGGAGAUCUGGCCCAGCGUGUCAGCGCUGCCUCCAAUACAAGUGGGCUCAGAGGUGGAGGUCAAUGACAAGGGGAAAGAGUUUACACAGAAUGGCCAACCCCAGAAUCUGCCGCCACCUCCCAGCCCACCUAAAGAAGCCACACCACCACCGCCACCUCCGCCACCACCCCCACCUCAACCACAGUCUGUCCCUAUGGCAGAUGUCCCAUUCGCAGCUCAGGUGACACCAGACUCACCUCCAACCUCAGACAAGCUGUCUCCAUCCCCCGCGAAGGACGGCCCUCCACUGCCCACCAAGCCCAAACCAAAGCUAGCUAAGAAUAUAGAGGAGAAGACAGAAAGUUACAGGAACGCAUCCCAGCUGAAGCAGCUGCAGGACCAGAUUCUGUUGGAACAGCAGGAAGUAGCCAACUGGCAGCAGCAGCAGCAGGAGCAGUUGAGCCAGGAAGUCCCGCCCCUACCAGAGCAAGUGCCCCAGGAAGUGUUUCCACCUGCUCCGCCAUCUCCGCCUCUCCCCCCUCCCCCCUCCUUUCAGGAGUUGGAGAGCAGUGUAACCAUGCAGGCCAGCACCUUCAACUACGCCCGGCCCAAGCAGUUCAUCGCCGCCCAGAGCCCUGGCGCUGCGGCCUACGUCACCCAGUCGUCUGGCUCCUCGGGGUCCAGCAUGUCCUCCCCCUUGUCUCCGCCCACCUCGCACAAGCCCUUCAGCAGGGUCACACUGCCUCCUUUCACAAAGGCCGGCAGCGUAGAGUCCCCGAGCUCUCCUUCCUUCCCACCUCCACCUCCACCCUUCCUCAGCUCCAGUAACCUGUCCUCUCCGACAGGCCCCGCCCAAGACUUCCCUCCUCCGCCGCCGCCACCUCCACCCCCUCCUCCACCUAUGUCCAUGUCCAUGUCCCCAUCCUACUCCGAUAUGUCCUCUCCAUUCUCCUCCGUCCCUGCGUCUCCAGCCUCCAGCUUCCUGUCCGCAGUGUUGCCCUCCACACCCUCCACACCUGGCAGUCCUACGGUCAAUGCCCUGGGCCUCCCUAAAGGCAAUGGCACUGUCAAAGCGUUCCCUAGGAAGUCCUCGGUCACCAAGACGCCACGCAUGGCCUCCGACUCAGACAUCCAGGGAUCCAAGGACGCCGUCAUCCAGGACUUGGAGAGAAAGCUGCGCUUUAAAGAGGAGCGCAUAAGCAAUGGUCAACAGAGGUUAACCUAUGAGGAGAAGAUGGCUCGCAGACUGCUGGGUGCUGACAACGCUGCCACAGUCUUAAACACACAGGAGACAGAGGAGGAGCCAGUAACACAGGAAUACAAAGUGUCCAGCUUCGAGCAGCGCCUGAUCAGUGAGAUCGAGUUCCGUCUGGAACGUUCUCCGGUGGAAGAGUCAGAUGAUGAUGUGCAGCACGACGAAGACUCUGCUGGCCAGGGGGUGGCGCCAUCCUUCGAUCAGAAGCUCAAACACUUCAAAGUCUUCGAGGGCAUGCCUGUCACCUUCUCCUGUAAGGUCAAUGGAGACCCCAAACCAAAGGUCUACUGGUUCAAAGAUGGCAAGCAGAUCUCCAAGAGGAGCGAGCACUACAGGAUCAGCCGUGAGCCUGAUGGAACAUGCUCCUUGCACACAGCCGCAGCCUCACUGGAUGAUGACGGCAACUACACCAUCAUGGCAGGCAACCCUGAGGGCAGGGUGAGCUGCACCGGCAGGAUGAUGGUGCAGGCAGUGAACCAGAGAGGCCGCAGCCAACGCUCGGCACCGGGACACAUGCGCAGGCCCAGGUCCAGGUCCAGAGACAGCGGCGAUGAGAACGACAACAUCCAAGAGCGUCACUUCCGCCCCCACUUCCUGCAGGCGCCCGGUGACCUCAUCGUUCAGGAGGGCAGACUGUGCCGGAUGGACUGCAAGGUGAGCGGCCUGCCCACCCCCGACCUCAUCUGGCAGCUGAAUGGACAGACCAUCCGCCCAGAUUCCGCCCAUAAGAUGCUGGUGAGGGAAAACGGAGUGCACUCAUUGGUCAUUGAGCCUGUGACCAGCCGUGACGCUGGCAUCUACACCUGUAUCGCCAGCAACCGCGCCGGGCAAAACUCCUUUAACCUGGAACUCAUUGUGGCAGCCAAAGAGAUGCACAAAGCGCCUUCAUUUGUGGAGAAGCUGCAGAACACCAGCGUGGCUGACGGUCAUCCUGUACGACUGGAGUGUCGUGUCACGGGGGUUCCCUACCCACAGAUCUUCUGGAAAAGGGAGAACGAGUCUUUCACUCACAACACAGACAGAAUCAGCAUGCACCAGGACAACUGUGGCUACCUGUGCAUGAUCAUCCAGCCUGCCAUGAAAGAGGACGCUGGCUGGUACACUGUGUCAGCCAAGAAUGACGCAGGCAUCGUCUCCAGCACUGCACGCCUCGACAUCCACACUCAGUGGCAGCAGCCCAACCUCCCCAAGCCCAAGAAGGUGCGUCCCUCCACCAGCCGAUACGCCGCACUGACGGAGAGAGGCCUGGACGUGAAGGCUGCCUUCUUCCCCGACUCCAGCCCGCUGCCGCCCGGUGGCCUGGUGGAAAGCGACGACCUGUAGAGGACCACAGGCCGGCUGCGAGGAUCGUGACGUUACCCCGAGAACCCCCCUUGAAAACUGCCCUCGCUCCCAGCACUCCAGAAACAGAUACUUUACGAUGGCGAGAUGCAGGCACAGAACUUCAGAGGGUCAGUGGGCAGAGUGAUCUGGUGCAGCGGCAGUUUUUCUUCUGUUUUUAUAAUAUGACACAACUCGUUAUGUUACAGAAUUCAUCUAGGCCCCCCCCCCCAUGCUUCAUUUUAUCAACCGGACCUGGAGAAUGAUUGAAGUGUUUUACCACGAGAGGAGACAAAAAUAUUUUCUCUCAUGAACUGUACGGUCGACUCUGCAAAGGGUCUCCUGUUGAAGUGCCUCUCAUUUCUGUAAACAUUAAAAAUGAAACAGGUUUAAAAAUGAAAAGUAGAUUUAAUAUGCAUGUUGAAGUGGUGCCAAUACACAGAGUAAUAAUACUGUAUCUCUGUGUAGAGGAGGAUGAGGGAUUCAAAGCACCUUAGCUUUGACGAAGGAGAUCUUUUAUUACGUGGGCUUGUGCAGCACAGUGUUGAUAUCUGCAGCCUCUGAUGAUCUCAGUGUUGUCGGGUCAUAGAUGAGCUUACAGACAUUGGAAAAGGCCGGGCCUUAUAAACAGCAUGUUUAGUUUUUUCUUUUUUUAGCAAAAGAAACACGGUGUCGAGAAAAGAAAGUGUUACUGUGGAUGAGAUUUGUUUGUUUGUGGGUGCAGGUGAACUUAGGUGACAUGAGGAUGACAAGGUUGAAAAAUGCAUUUUGUUUAAAGAGACACUUUAAUGUGGUGGGUGGGAUGUGAAUGACGGUGGCAGAGGUCAAGACAGUUACGUUUAAGAAACAUAUAAAAUAACUUUUUGGUGAUGGCAGAUCAUGUUUUCAUUUUCUUCUUCUUUGGUGGUUUAUUUUACAAGUGUGCAUCGAAAUGUUCUCACUUGAGCGAGGGUGCUGUGAAAGGUUUAUUUGUCACACAUCACAGAUUUUCAAUUUUAUUUUUGUAUGGAAAAAAAAUUACUUACUUUCCCAACAACAUAAAUUAUAUCAGCAACUCUUUGUUCACUGAUGAAACAAGGCUUUCUUUAUCAUUAAGUUUUAUAAAUAUAUAUAUCACUGCCUUAAAUCACGUUUAGGCUUAAUGCAAACACAAUUUCUUUGCAUGUUAUUUUUGGACACUUGUACAGUGCCAAACAACUUGUACCAGAAUGUACAAAAUAGCUUUUUUUCACACUAUGAGGAGGGUAACGAAUGCUCUUAAGCUGGUGAAAAGUAAAAAGCAAGGUAUAUUUAUAUCUACUAUUUUUGUCACCUCUGUAACAAUAUACAAAGUGGACAUCUUCUUCUGUGUCUGUUCGGAGCGAACAUCAGCUGACUGUGUUUGCACAUUUCUAUGCCAAUCAAUGCCUGUAUAUGGAUUGUUCUCCUGAUAUUAUUUUAGGUUAUGAAAGUUAAUAAAAAAAUCUCUCCA